UUGGAUAUAAAAGGGGCGUUAGGCGUUUGAAAAUUCCCGCAAAUAAUUGUGAACCAGGAACGCGCAUCACAGCUUCCAGCCAGCGAGCCGCCCCUCUUCUCUUCCACUAGACUCGUCUCCCCUUCUCCUCCAUCCACCCAAAUUCAAUUUUGUCUCAUCGCCUCCGAUAAUCUCUCCGAGCCAUUGCUUUUGUUUCCCGUCGACAUGCUGCCUUACCACUCUUUGCAGGAAGCCGAGGCGGCUCUCCGCCGCAACCUCACCUUGUCCGAGACUCUCUGGUUCAAUUACUCUGCCCGCAAGUCCGAUUACUUUCUUUAUUGUCAUAACAUACUCUUCCUCUUCCUCAUUUUCUCCGUCGUCCCUCUCCCUCUCUUCUUCCUGGAGAUCAAGCGCUUAGCCGGCUUCGACAAAUACAAGAUUCAACCCAAGGUUCGUCUGUCCUUGGAUGAAAUGCUUAGGUGCUACAAGGAUGUCAUGCGCAUGUUCCUUCUCGUGGUUGGACCUCUGCAACUCGUCUCAUAUCCCUCCAUCAAGAUGAUUAGAAUUCGGACAGGGCUGCCAUUGCCAUCUGGAUGGGAGAUUCUUUCACAGCUGGCGGUGUAUUUUAUGAUAGAGGACUAUACCAAUUACUGGAUCCACAGGUUUCUGCAUGGUAAAUGGGGAUACGAGAAGAUUCAUCGAGUCCACCAUGAAUACACAGCUCCCAUUGGAUUUGCGGCACCCUACGCUCAUUGGGCGGAGAUAUUGAUCCUUGGAAUUCCAUCUUUUCUGGGGCCAGCUAUUGUUCCUGGGCACAUGAUUACAUUCUGGUUGUGGAUAGCAUUACGGCAGAUUGAAGCCAUUGACACUCACAGCGGGUAUGACUUCCCCUGGAGUCUUACAAAGUACAUUCCAUUUUAUGGUGGCGCAGAGUAUCACGAUUACCAUCAUUACGUUGGAGGACAUUGCCAAAGCAAUUUCGCUUCAGUUUUCACGUACUGUGAUUACAUCUAUGGAACUGACAAGGGUUAUAGGCAUCAGAAGAAAAUCCUUCAGAAGUUGAAGGAGGAGUGGACGAAUGGCGUUGAACACAAUGGAGGGGGGUCGUACAAUAACCAAAAUGACAAGUCUGACUGACCGUGGGACGGCAUCAGCAGCUGAGGUGGUGCUUUCGAAUCUUUGAUUUGGUGAGGGACAUAUGUGCCAGUGGAAAAAUAGAUGUCUUCAGUAGCUUCAGAUGGUUGAGAUUAGAAUGGCGCUUCUGUUGUCUUUGACGGGGGUAGUAGAAAUCGUGGUUUCGUUUGAGUAAUAGGGAGGAAUUUCUUCUGUAGUCAAGAUAUAGAAUUCCAACUGUUUUCUUUUCUUCCUUCUGUUUUAGGUGGUUAGAUCACCAUUUUACAUAUGAACGGGAAGUGAUUUAGGUGAUUAUGAUGUACGUUUGUGUUUGCGGUUUCAAGCAAGGAUGGGUAAUGUAAUGCAAGUUGUGGCGGGACAUGGCGAUCCAACGGGGGUUACCAUAGGCUUCCACGAUGUUUUGGGGAAGUCGAGUCAUGGUUAAUAGUGGUUGGAGGUGACCGGUGAAAGGACUCUGACCUAUAAUGCAGCGAUGAGAGCUCUAAGUCAAACUUCCCUUUGUAGUUACAUGAACUUGGAGUUAUUAUUGACGAGAACAAUCUACAUAUGAUUUGAUGA